UACAUCUCUCCGUGGACCACUUGAGACUCGCCAGGGACCUUGAGGGGAAAAAAAAAUUUAAAAGGAUGGAUUCUGAAGACUGUUCUAUAACGGAAAAUAGUUCUUCACAUCUGGAGAGAGGGCAAAAGGACCAUGGCACCAGUAUACAUUUUGAGAAGCAUCAUGAAGGAUCCAUUCAAGUUUCUAUCCCUUUGGCUGUGUUAAUAGUGGUCUUCAUCACUUCCUUAAUAAUAACUCUCGUUGCCUUAAAUGUGGGCAAGUACAAUUGCCCAGGCUUGUAUGAGAAGUUGGAAUCAUCUGACCACCAUGUUGCUACCUGCAAGAAUGAAUGGAUUUCAUACAAGAGGAAGUGUUACUUUUUCUCCACCACAACCAAGAGUUGGGCCUUGGCCCAACACUCUUGUUCUGAAGAUGGUGCUACUCUUGCUGUUAUUGAUUCAGAAAAGGACAUGACAUUUCUGAAGCGAUAUUCUGGUGAACUGGAACACUGGAUUGGGCUGAAAAAUGAAGCGAAUCAGACAUGGAAAUGGGCAAGCGGCAAAGAAUUUAACAGUUGGUUCAACUUGACAGGGUCUGGGAGGUGCGCAUCCGUGAACCACAAAGAUGUUGCCGCUGUGGACUGUGAGGCGAACUUACAUUGGGUCUGCAGCAAGCCCUUCAGAUGAUGAGGAAGCACAGAUGUAUAGAUGACUGUGCCAUAGCACCACGGGAAAGUUGUGUGACUGGAUACUGCUCUGUGGCUGAAUUUUCCACAAAGACUGCACAAACCAACUUUACGUCAUCCUGGAUCAACUCCAGAAAGGACUGUGGGACAUGAGGGCGAAGAUCCAGGAAGAUCCCUUGACCAGGAGCUGAAACUGUCACCAACUGACUAGUAAUCACAUCAAGGAUGAGAGGAUGGCUAUGGAGUCUCAUAAAUGCACUUUAUUUUUUUAAAAAACCUAGAAUGAAUAAAACUGACUAGCUUUAGAGUUACUAUUUAUUGCUAAAUGACUGCGACAGCCAGCGCCUUCAUGCAUUUG